CUAAUAUUUCUAAUGCGAGAUUAGGUUCCGGGGUUCCUAUAGAAACCACCUCCUCUGCGAGCUUUUAUGUGGAAGAUCUUAAGAGAGAACAUUCUCCUGCUAUUUCCUCUCCACUUGCCUUACCACUUAAGAAAAAUAAUCGAAAAAAAAAAACAGACAAAACAAGUAUGGUCUCUACUGAGACAGAGUCGGAAGUGUUUUUGCAUAAUACCACAAAUAAUACUGAUAAUAUAUCUAAAAUGGGAUUUGAACUUGAAGAG